AUGGCAGACGCAAUCAAAAAGCGAGUGCUGAGCAUGGUAGGCGACCUGUCUGCGCCGGCAUACGACAAGGUUGCUCAUUGGUGCCAUGACGCCAUCCUCUACAAGAUCCUCAAGCUGGAAUCCGUCACGUAUGAACCGUCAAAGGAACACCCGCAUAAUGCGCGCACCGUCUUCAGCUUCGUGGUCCCGCAGGAAAUGUGCAACGUCCUGAGCAACAUGCACGGGGGUGCCGUGGCCAUGGUGUUUGACCGCGUGACGUCGCUGACGGUUUCGCCGUGUAUGAAAGAAGGCUUCUGGGAUGCUGGGCAUGUUUCACGGAAUCGUAAGUUUUGCUACUUCUGA